AUGACGUGCUGGUUCGUUUUUCCAUCCUCCCUAACAGGUAAUAGUCGUCGAGUUGAGCUUGCUGGUAUUGAUCUAUGGCUGUUCUCACGCACCGAUCAAGUAUUCGUUUAUCCGUCUCAGUUGGAUAUCGACCGAUUCAAGAAUGCACUUAGUCGCACUCUCUCAGUGUGGCCUCUCAUUGCCGGUCAUUUGCUCCUACUCGAUGAUGGCCACUACGUGAUCGAAAUGUCGGACAAUCCAAUACCCGUCACUUACGCUGAAUGCAGUGAGUUAGCUGCUUGGCCUUUCGACUUCAAUAUUGUUUCAGAACUGCAUAAAAACCUACUUGCAUCAUUCAUUGACGAAGUACAAGUUAUAAAAUUAUUUUCUUCUUCUUUGCAUGAACCUCUCGUUCGUUUGAAACUGACUCGUCUAGUACAAAGUGGUGAAUGGAUUUUGGGAGCAAGUUGGGCACAUAUAUUAGGUGAUGCUGCAUCCUUUCUAAACUUUUUAAAUAGCAUCUCACGUUUUUAUCAAAACUUGGAAUCGAUUGGCACAUUGCCUGUAUUCGAACGGCGCCUAUGGCGAGAAGAUGAAGCGGAUAAGUCUCUUCUACCUAUUAUGAAACAUCUAAGUCAUGCUGGACCAUUACAAGAAAUGUUGCAACUUUUUUGCAGUUGGCAAGAGACACACGACCAACUGACUCUGCGCUUCUCAGGUGACCAACUAGCCAAAUUACGUGAAUUAGCCGGUGGCAACAAUGUAACCAUUCAAGAUUCACUUUCUGCCUACCUGAUUUUGACACUGAAUACUCAUUGUUAUGUAAAUGACCAUCAACACCGCAUUCAACGCGCAAACACAGUUGUUAACUUCCGUGGUGUUUCCGACUCGAUUGCUCCAAUUGGACACGUCUCUAAUGCUAUAGUUAUGAUGCUAUCCGAUGAUUUUUAUGAUCCAUUAUCUCUGUCGAGCAUCGCCAAAACAAUUCGUCAUUCAAUUAUUCGAGUACGGGAUUCAAAAUUUCUGGAGCCAUGGCUCGCCACUGCUGAUGGCUUAAUGAGAAAAAUCGCACGAGAAAAUCUAUUGGCUAAUUGGGGGCAGUUUCCGAACGAAAUAAUAAUUAAUUCUAAUUUCAGAUAUGAUUGGGUGAGCCUCGUAGACUUUGGUUACACGGACAAGUGUCGUCUCUAUACAACAUGGACAGGCCCAUUAUAUUUUCGAGUAUUUCGUCUAAAUCCUGUUUAUGACGGCACUCAAUGGUUGCCAAGGGAUCAAGAUGGAGCCGAAGUUGCUUUUUUAAUUGAAAAAGAUAUAAAACAAAUAUUUAUUCGUGCAUAUCAGAAAGAUAUUGAAGAAAAUUUUGCAAAUGUGAAGUGA